CCAACAUGCCCAGGAGAGGAAGUCUGCGCGACAGGAGACCCAAGAGAACCACCAGGCGGCGCUAUUACCAACCAGAGUUACCCUUAAGCUUUCCAACAUACCUCACCGGCGUGCUCUCUGAUUGGCUGUCGCUAUCGGGUAUCCUCUGCGGUACUAUUUUAUGCUCUGCUAUGUAUACGCACAGCGACGUUGUUAACACUCGCGCUAAGUUGGAAACCAUAGAUUUGUUGAUGAUUUUUAUUUUGAAUACGCCCUACGGAUUUGCGAUUGCAACAGUCUCACUGAUAGCGUGGAACAUGCUGUUGGAAACGGUUGAUUCUACGUUGACUCUGAUUCUUGUUGGAGGUGACAAUCUACUGCUGAAACUACCGCAAUUUUUACGAGGGGUUUCGAAAAUGAUGAUGAACCUGGUACUUGCUGUAAUGAUGAUGGUGUACUGUGUGCUACAGUUGGUGUUGCUGGUACGUCCCAAACGCGAAGAAAACGACGAAGGGCCUCACAAUCAACCCGAAGAAACCGACGACAGUGUUGAUCUUGAGAUCGAAAGUCAGAAAGGAUUUCAUCAGGAAAAACGACAGAAAAAUUCGUCGAAAUCUGCGAACAAAUCGCCGAGAAAACAGAAGGGAAAAUCACUCGUGAAAGCAUCCAAAUGUGAAGAUAGCAAGGAAAUCGAAUCGGAGUCGUAUUGGCAAAGCGAGACAGAAAUCUUCAAUUUUCUGAACAUGGUCGUCGAAGAUCAGGACUUUUUAUCAGAAACAAAGAAACUGUUCGCGGAAAAUAAGUCAUACAAGACCAAAUUGGACGUGGAGAAAGACCGCCUGUUAUGCACGGUCUGCCACGAGGAAGAGAGGAAGUUGGUUAUCAUUCCCUGCAUGCACUUCUUCAUGUGCAAGUUAUGCUCUGAGAAACUGAGUCUGAUUGGCAGAAAGUGCCCGUACUGUGACCGGGUAGCAGAGGACAUCAAAGAGGUUUUCGUCGUAUAA